AAUAGACCUCAAAAACGCAAUCGACGCUCCGCAACGAAACUGCGUCCUGAAUAGGAGGUCGGUGGUUUGACUAACGGUACUACUGUCUUUAUCAGAGACUACAGGUGUUGUGUGUACGGUGAUGCUGCGCGACAGUAUGAGGCCAAGCGGAGCUCUAGCGACAGCGAUGCUGCUGGUGCUGAUCCAGCUCCUCUGUUUCAAACCAGUUCAUGCCGAGAAAUCAGGGACGGUCAUUCCCGCUGAGAGCCGGCCAUGUGUUGAUUGUCAUGCCUUUGAGUUCAUGCAGAGAGCCUUGCAAGACCUGAAGAAAACAGCUUUCAACUUAGACUCACGGACGGAGAGUUUGGUGCUGAGGGCCGAGAGGAGGGCACUGUGUGACUGCAUGCCUGCCAGCAGCCUGCGCUAAAAACCAGCCGUUCACACUGCACUCAGACACAGAAAUCUUUAUAUAACUAAAGGAUACUACCUGCUCUCUCAGUCAUACACACUCUCUCAAACAGGUUUCUCGUCACAUUUUACAUGAAGCGUUUUAUCUUUCAUUGUAAUAUGCGCAUAGAGCAUCAUAAAUACACAUUCCUGACUAAAGAAGUCACAACGCAACAUUCCACAGUUUAAAUGUCAUUGUUGAGAGGCACAUCCAGAUUAUGGCAGCAGCUAAUACAUCGAACUUUCCAUAAGUGUGUAUAAAGAGAAAGGGUAAGUCUUUCCUCUCCAGGCACAAUGCACUGCAAAAUAUACUGCAAACAUUACAUAUUUAUCAUAAUUAUUUGCACAGUACACUAUAUGUUUUUUCAAAUGUUAACUGCUUUUUAUAUUUGUGUUCUAGAAAUAUAUGAUUAACAGUCACAAUAGUCGAGCAGAUAUUAGAUUUAUUAAAUAUCAGAAUUUAAAUGUAGAUCUUCAGGCAUUGUUUUAGAGAGUUUGCUGUAAGAUUAUUAGAUGAUAUAUAUAUGAUUAGAAAAGUACCUGCAUGUAAAGUGAUAGUCUAGAAUUUUAUAUGAGAUGAGGAAUAAGAAGAGAUGGUUUCCUAUAGAGAUUACUUUGGUACUAAGAUGUAAGUUCACACCUGUAACAGUGUCUUUUUGUGUGUAGAGAAAGUGCAUUAAAACAUAUGUG